AUGAAUCUCUUAUUAACAACUCUGAAUACAACAACCAUCUCUCCAUCUCAUGAUACAGAUAGUCCACUUUGGAUUGGAUAUCUAUCUGUUGUAAUUGCAGUACUAUUCUUUGGUUCGAAUCUCGUUCCAGCUGGAAAAUAUCCUAUUGGCGAUGGUUUAUCAUUUCAAUUUUUUAUGUGUUGUGGUAUUUGGAUUGUUGGUCUAAUUAUUAAUUUAUUUGUACAAAGUCCUCAAUUUUUCCCGUUAGUUUUAAUAGGCGGAGUAUUAUGGACAACAGGAAAUAUUCUAAGCAUUCUUGUUAUUCGUAUGAAUGGUCUUGGAAUGUCAAUGUUACUUUGGUGUACAACAAAUAUGCUUGUUGGUUGGGCUAGUGGACAUUUUGGUUGGUUUGGUUUAUUACCAGAAAAUGUUGAAAAGCCAAUUCUGAAUUACAUCGGUGUUACAAUUGCUUGUGUAAGUGGUAUUGCAUUUUUAGCAAUACGAACUGUACAACAAGAAGAAAUUGCUGAAAAUCCAGACGAACAACAACCCAUUCUUCAAUCAUCAUCAGUCGAAAACAAACCCAAUGAUACUGUACUAACAGCGAACACUGUUUCAACAUCUAAACCUUUAUCAAUGUGUAUUAUCGGUUGUAUAUUAGCUGCGAUUGCUGGUGUUCUAUUUGGUUUUGUUUUUACACCAAGUACUUAUAUUCAAGAUCAUCCGAACAAAUAUCCAGCGGCAUCGAAAAAUGGUCUUCAUUAUGUAUUUGCAAUGUAUUCUGGUAUAUUUUUUUCGUCCAUGUUUUACUAUGUAGUUUACAUCGCUCUUAAACGUAAUCGCCCGUAUAUUCAUAUUCAAAGCAUAUUGCCAGGUAUUGUGUCCGGUAUUAUGUGGGGUAUUGCACAAGCUGGCUUUCUCGUUGCAAAUAGUAUUCUCAGUCAAGCAAUCUCAUUUCCAUUAGUAACAAUAGGACCUGGCACAAUUGCAAUAGUUUGGUCAAUAUUUUAUUUUAAAGAAAUUUCUGGUCGAAGAAAUUAUUUGAUUAUAAUUAUUGGUACUUUUCUUCGAAUUAUUUCAGCUAUACUGAUUGUACUAUCAAAACCAAUACCACGAUAA